CGUUCAGGGAUCACUUUAAGUGUGUGUGUGUGUGUGUUUUUUUUGUUGCCUGGAAGAAAAGCAGUCGGUUAACAACGACUGAUUGGGCAGCUCUCUCUCUCUCUUUCUCUCUCUGUCUCUCUCUCUCAAGAGGAAUUUGCAAACCUAUCGGAUUGUUUAAUUCCUGCGCAGCGCGGCUGAGAGAUUUCUUUCUCCAACCCGGCUCCGACGCACUAAACGCGGGGAAUGCAGCGUUAACAUCCCGCAAGUUUACCCCUCCUCUGGAUCUCAGGAGCGAAGUCAGAAAGCCAAAAAAACAAGAAAAAGAUUUAGAUCUCUGUGGGCUACCUGCGUGACUGUUACCAUGACAGCAUCUGGAGCCCAACUCCUCCUGCUGGCCUUAUGUGUUUACAGAGGCUCGGGCCUGCAGCAGUCGGCUCCGCGGAUUCGCCUCUCCUUCAAAGAACUGAUGGACACAAGGGCAGCGCGGCCCUUCAGUUUCUCCUUCAACACCAGCGACUACCGCAUCCUCCUGAUGGAUCAGGAUCAGGGCCGUCUGUACCUGGGCAGCCGGGAGUACCUGGUGGCUCUGGACAUGCACAAUGUCAACAAGGAGCCCCUCAUAAUCCACUGGCCAGCAUCUGCUAAGAGAAAGGGAGAAUGUCAGAUGACAGGAAAGGGAAGACAGGGUGAAUGUGCCAACUUUGUGCGGAUGAUAGAGCCGUGGAACCGCACCCACCUCUACACCUGUGGGACGGGGGCGUACCAGCCUAUCUGCACAUUCAUCAACAGAGGCUGGAGGGCAGAGGACUACCUGUUUAGGCUGGUCCCUGGGUAUGUGGAUUCAGGGAAGGGAAAAUGUUCCUACGAUCCCAAACAGGAGAACAUUGCAGUUUUGAUCGAUGGUAACCUAUACGCAGGGGUCCACAUUGACUUCAUGAGUACAGACGCUACUCUGUUUAGGACCAUGGGAGGGAGAACAGCAAUCAGGACGGAGCAGUAUGACUCCAGGUGGCUCAAUGAGCCUGUGUUUGUUCAGAUCCAGCAGAUCCCUGACAGUGCAGAAAAGAACGACGACAAGCUCUACUUCUUUUUCCGUGAGAAGAGUCUAGACUCGAGCGGCGGAGCGAGCCCCAGCGUUUUAGCCAGGGUGGGAAGAGUGUGUCUGAAUGAUGAAGGAGGCCAGAAGUCCCUGGUGAACCGCUGGACGACGUUCCUGAAGGCUCGCCUUAUCUGCUCAGUGAUAGGGGAAGAUGGAGUGGAGACACGGUUUGAUGAACUACGGGAUGUGUUUAUUCAGGCCACACAGGACGAGCGAAACCCUAUGGUGUACGCUCUCUUCACGACAGCGGGCUCGGUGUUCAAGGGCUCAGCAGUCUGCGUGUACUCAAUGGCCGAUAUCCGCAAUGUCUUCAAUGGACCGUUUGCCCACAAACAUGGCCAUAACUACCAAUGGACAGAGUACACCGGCAAGAUUCCCUACCCCCGGCCCGGGACAUGUCCAGGAGGAACCUUCACUCCUGGUAUCCGUUCCUCCAAGAACUUCUCAGAUGAGGCUGUGAAUUUCAUCCGAGCCCAUCCCCUCAUGAUCCAUCCAGUUUAUCCGAUCCACCGCCGCCCCCUGGUGGUGAGAACGGGCGUGGACUACCGAUUCACUGCCCUGGUGGUGGAUCAGGUGGACGCUGUGGAUGGACGCUACGAGGUGCUCUUCCUGGGGACAGAUCGAGGCACUGUUCAAAAAGUUAUAGUUUUGCCGAAAGACCCGACUAGCAUGGAGGAACUGACUCUAGAGGAAGUGGAGGUUUUCCGGUCCAGAGCUCCAGUCAAAACAAUGAAGAUAUCCUCUAAAAGACAACAGCUGUACGUGUCGUCAGACGCGGGGCUGACCCAGGUGUCGCUGCACCGCUGUGGUGUGUACGGCCGGGCCUGCUCUGACUGCUGUCUGGCUCGAGACCCCUACUGUGCCUGGGAUGGAGAGAGCUGCUCUGCUUUCACUCCGUCCACCAAGAGGAGGAGCAGACGACAGGAUGUCAAACACGGUGACCCACUGAGGCAGUGCAGGGGCUUUAACGCCAAAGUGGAGAAACGUCUAAGAGAAACGGUGCAGUUUGGGGUGGAGGGCAGCAGCACCUUCUUGGAGUGUCAGCCUCGCUCCCCUCAGGCCACCGUCAAGUGGCUCUUCCAGAGGGAAGGAAAGAGGAAAGUGACUCCUGCUGUGUCAUUCCCUUUCCUGCAGCUCACCCGUGUGGGAGGUAUUAUGAAGACCAACCACGGCAUCCUCCUGAAGUCUCUCAACCAAUCAGACGCGGGGCUCUACCACUGCCUCGCCACCGAGAACAACUUUAAACACACAGUGGCCCGCGUGGCGCUGCGCAUCCUGGAUCGAGACAUAGUUUUAGCUCUCACUGCUCAAGAUGAGGAUGAUGAGCCAAAGACUCUCCAAGCAGGACCUCACCAACGGUCGUCCCUCGUCUCCACACCUUUCCCACCUGAGAUAAGACUGAUUAACCAGUACUGCCAGUCCUACUGGGAGCAGCUCAGUCCCAAACAGCAGCAGCAGCGCAAGCGCACCAGCCGCAGGCACACAGAGGGCCAGGACCAAGGCCUCGGCUAGAGGAUGUGACGGACGCCGUCCAACACGGGCCUGUGUGGACUUUUAUGGUGGACUUAUUAUGUUUGACAUGCAUGUUUGAGCGUCACCUCCAUCCAUUAGUCAGGUGACGCUGUCAUGCUGUCGCUAAAGUACUAUAUUUGUGGUUUUAUAAGUGUCAGCCGAGAAAAUACAAAUUGUGUAUAUUUUACAUUAUCAGUGACCACUUCCCAAAGAAAACCGUACAUUUUUACAUUUUCCAUCUUUCAGGUAUCAGCUUGUGUUAGUUUGACAUUUAGUUUGACAAACAAUUAAGAUUGAUUGAUUUUUUUAUUUUGCAUUUUGAGAAUAAACAUUGGACUUUUAAGAAUCUAACUACUGAAAUUUCACCUUAAUUCUCAUAAUAGGAUUUUUUUUUUAAUCCUAAUGCCUAGCCCUAAUACUUUUCCUUAUUUCAAGAUUGAUCACUUACCAUAGGUUGUUUUAAACCUUAAAAUUAUUCAGGUAAUUGUGGGAAAACCCAAGCAUCCGCGACUUGAGAAUCACUGUGGAUGAUCAACGUUUUUAGUCCAAAAAUUUCAAAAACAUCCAUAUUUUCUUAUUAUUUAUUUUAUAGGUUUGAUCUUCCAAAGAUAUAACUUGCUAAAACAGCAGAUAUUUUCGUGCUGAUUUUUGAAUUUUGGAAUGUCCUUGAAAGCACCAACAAAGAAGCGUUUUCUUAACUAGACUGCUGGUUGAGAUGGAUCACAUAUUCCACGUUUGUUGUCGUUUUGGAAAAUGGUCUGUGAUGUAAAGUAAAUGCAGCACGUUAUUAAUAGGCUUCAACAUGCAGAACCACAGGUAUGCUACUGCCAAGUAUCCUGAAACAGAAAUGUAAUAUAUUGAUUGUGAAUAUAAUAUAUAUGGUCAUUGGAUUACUCUUGUAUUGUAUGAAGUUAUUAUGAUGAUAUAAAUGCAUAUGUUGCAUGGAUAUGUGUUGUUUGUUGCAAGUUGUACAUUUUACUUGGUGUGUAAUGAUGUUUGUAAGGUGUAAAGUAUUCUGUUAAGCUAAUUCCAUUGGACUUUGUCAUAUAAUGACUCCAUUACUGUCCUGUGCUCUAGUAUGCAAGUGUUGAGGAUAUGUAUAGCAUACAGUGUUCUUCCAGUUAUGCACUUUGUCGGUGGUGGUAUUCGAGGGAAUUUGGGAUUUUUGCACAGAUGUAUGAGAAAUUGAAAAAGGAUUUUUUUUUUUUUUUUUUUUAUGUACAGUAUGUUAUUAUAAAACUGGGAAAUGGAACUGGCUCAGAUUUAGUAUUGAUUGUUGGUGUUCUGUCAUUUGCUGUAUUUACAGACUUUAAAAAUG